UCCAAACGAAAUCGAGGCAAAAAUCCUAGGGCCACACGCUUCCCCCCGCUCCGAAACUGAAAACACAACGAGUCCCCCCAUCUCCUCCCCCCUCUCCGGCCCGCAUCCCCUCUCAACUCUCAACUCUCUCAACCCAUCUCCUCUCCCAUGUGGCUGCCCUGGGUCAAGACGCGCUCCUCCUCCCCCUCCUCCACCUGCUCCUCCACUGCGCUCUCCGCCGCCUCGCCGCGCCUGUCCUUCUCCUCCCCCUCCCUCAAAGAUCUCCAGGCCCUCCUCCACUCCGACCCCUCCGCGCCCUCGCCGUCCCCGCCGCCGCCGCACACGGCGCCCUGCUCCCCCUCCGCCCGCGUCUUCCACCGGGUCCGCGUAGCCGCCUCCGCCCUCCGCGCCCUCCGCACGCUCCAGGCGCCGCCCGCCGCCGCCGAGGCCGACCGCCGCGUGGUGCUCUACUACACCUCCCUCCACGUCAUCCGGACCACCUAUGAGGACUGCCGCGCCGUGCGCGCCAUCCUGCGCGGCCUCCGGGCCUCCGUCGACGAGCGCGACCUCGCCAUGGACCCGCUCUACCUCAAGGAGCUCGCCGCCCUCCUCCCCCGAGGCCGCCGCGUCACCCUCCCCCAGGUCUUCGUCGGCGGCCGCCACCUCGGCGGCGCCGACGAGCUCCGCCGCCUCCACGAGUCCGGCGAGCUGCGCCGCGUCGUAGCUGGCGCCGCAUCCCUCGCCGCCUGCGGCCGGUGCGGCGGCGAGCGCUACGUUAUGUGCGGCAGCUGCGACGGUAGCCACAAGCGUUACAGCCUCAAGGGCGGCGGCGGCUUCCGCACCUGCGCCGGCUGCAACGAGAACGGCCUCGUACGGUGCCCAGACUGCUCCCCACCGGCCGUAUGAUCCAGAUUCAGGUCACAAUCUCCUAAUGACUUCUACUAGAUGUUUAAUUUCGUAGUAUCAAAAAAACGAGAUAAGAAAUGAGUUAUGUGUUGUACGGAGUAGUUGUCACUCCUACGUGUGUUAGUGUAGUGGUGUUUGAUACUAUGUGACAGUGUGAUCAAUUGGGAGCUGCAAGUUUUUAGCAUUUCCUAACCAACAUCUCUAGUCAUGCGUUAGAAUGGAGUAAAAGUGUUGUUCUUUCCCUUGCUUCCGUUGGUACUUUCACUCCGCCGAGUCUGAAUCUGAGUCCGUUUGAUGAUCCUAGUAAUAACUGAUUGAUAAAUGUUAAGUACUACCGGAGUACUGUCAGUGAA